AUUUUGCCCGAGGGUAUCGAAACGUCGUACAGAUGCCUAAUGUUUGUAAAUAAUGUAGACGAAGAGCAGUAGACUUCAGUGAACAGUUAAAAAUGUCGAAAGCUGCUGGUAGGCUGAAGACCUUGCGUAAGGCCGUUGACAAGGUGCAACAUGGAAAUAAAAUUCGAACCAAUAUCCCAGCAGGAAUGGCAGUUGCCGGUCCUCCGUUAGGACCAAUGCUUGGGCAGCAUGGAAUCAAUAUUGCAGCUUUUUGCAAGGAUUUCAAUGAAAGAACAAAGGAUUUAAAAGAGGGAAUACCUCUUCCAUGUAGAAUUACAGUUAAUGCUGAUAGGAGUUAUCAGCUUAUUAUGCAUAAGCCACCUGCUACAUUUUUCCUAAAACAAGCUGCUGGUAUACAAAGGGGUGCUAUGGAACCAGGAAAAGAAAUAUCGGGAAAAAUAACACUAAAGCAUUUGUAUGAAAUAGCAAAAAUCAAAUCAGAAGAUCCUCCUUUGGCAUGUUAUACUUUAGAACAAAUAUGUAUAAUGUUGGUAGGUGUUGCAAGAUCAUGUGGCAUUGAAAUAACAAGAAAUAUUGACUCAGUUGAAUAUGGUGAAUUUUUGGAAGAAAGGAGAGAAGUUGUUGAACAACAGAAGAAAGAACUUCAAGAGAAAAAGGAAGCUCGGAUGUUAAGAACAGGCUAAUCACUCUCUCUUUGUAUCUUCCUGUGUUGUGUAGUUGUACAAAGAAAGUUUGCUGUUAUUAAAAACAGAAGAGAUAUGUACAAA